AUACGCCCAUUAGUGGCCAACUGUUUUACCGCUCGGUAGCUGACUUUGGAUGACGUUUCGGAACUUCAUACGAAUAUAUUUACUCUCUGUGUGCUUACCUACGAAGUAUGACGGAUAAACACGUCGGAUGAGAAGGGGAAAUUGACGUUGUGCGCCGUUUGUCCCCCAGCACAGUAAGCCCAGUGUGCUGGAAGCAGGAUGGAGACUCUGAUUCCCACCAUCAACCGUUUGCAAGAGGUUUUCCUCACAGUGGGUGCGGAGAUCAUUCAUCUGCCUCAAAUCGUCGUGGUUGGAUCCCAGAGUAGCGGCAAGAGUUCGGUGUUGGAAAGCCUGGUCGGGCGUGAUUUCCUGCCCCGAGGCUCCGGGAUCGUCACCAGACGACCGCUGGUGCUGCAGCUCAUCAACGUCGCGUCUCCGGAGGAGCGACUCAAGACGGAAAAUGGAAAUGGGGUUAAGCAAACUGCACAAAACAGCUAUCCAGGUGUCAAAGCUGAAGAAUGGGGCACCUUUCUGCACUGCAAGAAUCAGGUUUUCACAGACUUUGGGGAAAUUCGUCAAGAAAUCGAAGCAGAAACGGAACGUUCAUCUGGCAACAACAAGGGAAUUACUCCUGAGCCCAUACACCUAAAGAUUUUCUCCCCCAAAGUCCUCAAUCUGACCCUGGUCGAUUUACCUGGCAUCACCAAGGUACCGGUCGGUGACCAGCCCGAAGAUAUCGAGUCUCAAGUACAGGAGAUGAUCUUGUCGUUCAUCUCCAAUCCAAAUUCGCUCAUCCUCGCUGUGUCUGCCGCCAACUCCGAUUUGGCCACCUCAGAUGCUCUGAAACUAGCUCGUGAGGUCGACCCAGAUGGUCGCCGAACCCUGCUGGUGGUCAGCAAGCUAGAUCUGAUGGACGCCGGAACAGAUGCUCUCGAGGUCCUUCUGGGUCGAGUCAUUCCAAUCAGGCUCGGCAUCAUCGGGGUAGUAAACAGGAGCCAGCAUGACAUCAACACUCAGAAGAGCCUGGGUGACUGCAUGAAGGAUGAGCAGGCCUUCUUGCAGCGCCAAUACCCAUCCCUGGCCUCUCGCGCCGGCUCGCGCUACCUUGCUAAAACGCUCAGCAGACUGCUUAUGCACCACAUCCGUGAAUGCCUACCUGACCUCAAGACGCGCGUGACUGUGCUCAGCGCUCAGUACCAGACGCGCCUCAACAGCUACGGCCAGCCUGUGGAGGACCACAGCGCCACUUUGCUGCAGAUCGUCACCAAGUUCGCCAGCGAUUACUGCAACACCAUCGAGGGAACUGCACGCUACAUUCAAACUUCAGAGCUCUGUGGAGGCGCUCGCAUCUGUUACAUCUUCCACGAAACCUUCGGCCGCACUCUACAGUCCAUCGACCCUCUAGGAGGACUGUCAGAACUCGAUAUCCUCACUGCCAUUCGCAAUGCUACCGGUCCACGACCUGCACUUUUUGUCCCAGAGGUCUCCUUCGAAUUGCUGGUGAAGCGUCAAAUCAAGCGUUUGGAGGAGCCCAGUUUGCGCUGCGUGGAGUUGGUUCACGAAGAGAUGCAGAGGAUUAUACAGCACUGCUCGUCGUUUAGCACACAGGAACUUCUAAGAUUUCCCAAACUGCAUGAUUCCAUUGUAGAAGUAGUGACUGGACUACUGCGAAAACGUUUGCCAAUCGCCAAUGAAAUGGUGCAUAAUUUAGUAGCAAUUGAGCUAGCUUACAUCAAUACGAAGCAUCCGGACUUCACGGACGCGGCGCAAGUCUCGGCAUCCGUCAACAGUCAGCAGGCAGAAGCCGUGGAUGCUAGCAAGCGCUGGAAGAAUGAGAAAGUCGCCGAGGAAAAAGCCCCAGCUGUGGGAUUUAGCAGUCCCAGCAAAGGGCAACCCAUUAACCUUCUGGACACUGGGGUGCCUGUGUCUCGCAAGCUGACUUCCAAAGAGCAAAGGGACUGCGAGGUCAUCCAGCGCCUCAUCAAGUCUUACUUCCUCAUCGUCCGCAAGACCAUCCAAGACAGUGUCCCCAAGACUGUCAUGCACUUCCUAGUCAACUUCGUCAAAGAGCAUCUGCAGAGCGAGUUAGUGGGUCAACUGUAUAAGCAGACGCUACUACAGGAUUUGCUCAUCGAAUCGCAGGACACUGCGCAGCAGAGGACGGAGGUGGCUCAAAUGCUUCAGGCGCUAAAGAAGGCCAAUAACAUCAUCUCUGAGAUCAGAGAGACACAUCUGUGGUAGCUAAAAGAAACACACUCCUCAAUUAUUGGGGAUAAAAGGCAACACACUCCUGUUUAAAUCUUUUUUUUUUUCUUUUCACAUGAAGACAAAUAGAAGAAUCAUUUUAGAAUAUAUCCGGUAGACAGAUUGUACAUCAAUCGCUGUCAAUGAAGGAAAAAUAUCUUUUUCUUUUUUUGUGACAAAAAAACUGAAAUUUAAACAGUGGUGUGUAUGUGUGUGUACUUCUGAGAGUAUGAUUUCUCGUGGACCAAUGAACAAUCAAGCAGGAAAGACUAGGGCUCCUCACUCAGGCCACUUCAAUGUGAACAAGCUCCCUUUGUUGUCAUGCAAUGUUUGUGUCCGUGUGAUAUUUUCGGUUUUGUAAGUCCUAAAAUGCCCCCCCCCCCCACACACACACACAAAAAAACAAAAAACAAAAAAAACGGGUGUCCCGUUUAGCUGGUGCUGAAUCUGUAGAUUGCACUCAAGUUUAAAAGGCUGGAUAGCUUCUUGAUAACCACAAGGAAAGAUUUUGUACCAUAUUCAAUCUUAGUGAUGUCAGAUUAGAUGUGUUUCCUGUUGAGCUCUAGUCGGGUUAAAAACCUAAACUGGAUCAUUAUUCCAUCUUGUUUGAUGUAGUUUAGGAAUAAAUACACCUUAGUAGGGCUGUUGAUAUUUUCAACUUAUCUUUAGAUUUACUCAAUUUUGUACAAUAUCUAUAUCAUCACUUGAUACAUGUUCAUUUUCACAGGUGUAAAUUGUGCAAUUUUUAAGAACUGAUUGUCCAGGUUUACAGAAUUAUUGAAGUAUGUGAGGGUUGAACCCUGUUGAAAAAUUAGAUUUAAAUGGUUAAUUUAUUUUGUGCCAUUUGUUCUGAGAAGCAGCUGAGGUAGAUGUAUGGAUGUAACAAUUUUGGUGGGUGGAUGCCAUUUUCUUCCCGAGAACCCUGUUGAUUUUGGUACAGUUGUCACCCUUUAUAGUGCACUCAUUUAACUUAUUGACUGCCAUUGACGGGGUUAGACAUCCAAUAAAUUUUGACUGGGAGAGGGAGAGCAUGUCCCAGUCAAAAUGGAUUGGGCGGCUACUGCCAUCAAGGGCACUGAAAAAAGCCUUCCCAGUUUAAAGGAAUUGGAUAUAUCAUUGUCAAUGGUGGCCAAUGUGGUAAAUACUAAAAACAAAAACUUUAGAGUAUUGUUGGGGACCAUAACCAGAGUGUAUUUCUUUUUCUAUUUGUCAUUCAUUUAUAAUUUUAUUUUUAUUUUUUUCAUAAAAAGAGAAUUACAAAUUAAAAAUACAAUAAUAAUUAAGACCUGGAGUUUUGAAAAAGACAAAAAACAAAGACUUGGCAUCCUAAUACGUGGAGCAGUGGUGGAACUUUGGGUGCUGGGGGUGCAACCGUGCCUGGGCCUCUAAGGGGGCCGGUUUGUAGGCGUGAUUGGGCGAGAGGAGGGUCAAACUGAAAGGUAAGAUGAUGUGCGGACCAAUAAUAUCUCUGGCAGCCGCUUGGCUAGUUUUCACUUGCACCUCACACAAGCACACAUACACCGGACAAUCUUCUUGAGGGGCCUGCGUUUUAAGAAGACGCCCGCCAUUCUGAAGCGAAUGCUAGCGUGAACGCGAAUGCUACACUAAUGCGACGAGUUACAUUUACUAAUGAUCACUCAACAGCAUAGCGUAUUCUUUCUUGAAGAAAAGAAAACAAAUCUUACCGUGUUUCCAAACAAGCAAGAUGGAGCACAGCCUAGCUUAACACACAUCUUAAACUCCAGUGAGGAGAGUCAGCGAGAGGCGCAGCACAUUUUACACGAAAGACAUGACCCAAACACUGCUACGACGCAAGCUGACAUAUUCCACAUACAAUAUGAAAAUGUCACGCAUUGAGAAUAUAUAACAGAAAUUAUGUCACAUUUUCGUCCCGUCAGACAAAAACUGGCAUUCGUCUCGUUAUGUUCUAGUCUUCCAAGCCACAUUUUUAGCUCGUCAUCAUCAUGAAAAAAAAUGUUUGUCGAUGAAAUAUUUUCAAACACUAAAAACAACACUAAUGCAAUAAGUUACAUUUCAUUUAAAUCAAUUAAAAAAAAAAGUACACAGCAUUUUUUGGACACUUUUGUUAAAAUAUUUCAGAUAUUUGAAUGAAAACUAUGACAACAUUGUAAUCGUGAAUUUGUGUUUCGAUCAAUUUUAUUAGAUGUGGACGCCAGGUCUUAAUGGGGUUACCUUUCCUUUUUUUUUUUUUUUUUUUUUUUGAAUUACCAAAAAUUGUCACACGUCCUAUAAAGGGUGAAACAAGAUUCCUGGACUUUCAUCGAUCCGAUCAUGUCAUGGCUCACUGGGACCACACACUUGUCUCCUCCAAUGUAGGAGUUAUGAUGGCAGGUGUAUUUUAUUUUUGUUUUUUGUUUUUUUUUGCUUGUUGAGUAUCCAUCAUCAUUAAUUAUCCAUUAUAACAUCUAUUUCCAACGAUGUACUUAAAAAUCAUCAUUCACAACUAGUAGCUCUCUCAGUUCAAAUAGAUUGGAUAUCCAUGUAAUACUGUUCCCUCUUUUGCCUUUACUCUGAGAAGAACUAUUAGUGAAACUGAAAAAAACAACCAGACCAACCAAGUUUCCUUGACUACUAUAUGUAAAUGUUGCUUGAUUUGUUAACCAAAACCACUGUUAAGGAUAAUUCCUCUCCUGAAUGAUGUGGCUAAUAUAUCUCAUAUAUCUCUUUUCAUGGCUAACACUGCAAAGUAGUAUUAGAGCUAGACUGGUUGCUGGUUUCCACCUAAUAUUUCCACUUUGACUUUGUCAUGGUAGCAUAUUUUUUCCCCAAUACUUCUCAAGAGCAUCCUUCUCUUUCAAAUCAGGGACAUUGUGAACAAUAUUUAUGUUUUGCAUGCACUGAGUAUGCCUCUGUGGAGCUGGAAUGAACGAGUGUAUAUUUUGUAUUAUUUAAGUGUAAAUUAUUCACAAUUUUGUCGACUGCCUCUGAGUUCUUGCCUGCCAAUAUUUGUGAUAAAUGUUUUACUCUUGGAGGCCAUUAAACUUCA